GUUGGAAAAUAAAAUGAAACGAAUUUGUACAGCGCAAUUCAUUUCCGUCCUUUUGUUUUGGAUAACAACGAAUUCAGAAUAUAUAACAACUUAUUUUUCUUAUCAAGGAUUCAUUUCAGAGGCAGAUGAUGUUUGCGUUUUUAACAAAUUAAAUCCUCUUAGUGGAUCUGAAUUUGUAUGUGCUUUAUAUUGUGGGAGGGACUUUCUUUGUAAUGCAUUUGACGAAUGUUACAUCAAUGGUCAACUUGCCUGUCACCUUCGUUAUGGAAAAGUGACCAAUUUUUCCACUGCUUCUCCAAGUUGUACACACUAUGAGAUCCAAUCGGAAGUUGACUGCCCGGGUGGAUUCUUUCUAAGAUCAGCAGGAGUCUGUAAGAACAAUAAUCUAGCCUUACAUAGUCCUGUCACGAUGAGCUCCGUGUACUACCACCCUGCCUACGCCCACCAGGGCCACGGUAACGGGAGUCUAGCGGUAGACGGGUCGGUCAAGUCUGACGACGAAGAGUGCGCUUUGACUAACCUUGAUCUUCAGCCGUGGUUCAUAAUAGAUUUAUUGGACCAAUUCUACGUCACACGGGUUGUUUUUGUGAACCGAAAAACCUCAGAAUGGCGGUUGCAUGAUUUAAACGUGACGGUGGGGACAGACAACAUAACGUUCCCGUGUUUUUGUGGAUUCUUCCAAGGUCCUGGAACGUCUCACCAGGAGAUAAAUAUGACGUGUGCAGAAACCUGUAGAGGGCGCUACGUACGUCUACAGAUUACCUCCCCUUCUCCGGAACAUUUACAGUUAUGUGAAGUGGAAGUCUUUAGUGAUUGUAAUGUGUAGACUAAUUUAAUUCACCCUUAACAAAACAAUGUUAAAGUAAACUUUUUUUUUUGCCACAGUAUUUCAAAGUUUGUAGGUAACCAGGGGGUUAAAACAUCUUAACACUUCCUGGCACUUUAUAUAUUUUUAUAUGCAAAGUCUGAACCUUUUACAUUCUUUCAUUACCAAGUGCAUGUAAUGGACCAGACAAGGCUCUUGGUCCGUUCAAAGACAAACGCCAUGCAUGCGAUCCCUUU